CGUAGAACUGAGCUCCGAUCACGUGACGGGUGCCGGCCCCUGUUGGGCACGGUGUCUGUGUCACGUGGGGGUCACCGUGUCACGGGCGAUGGCGGCUCCGGGGGAGCGCGGGGCGGGGGGCACCGCCGAGGAGGCGUUUCUCACCUUCUACAGCGAGGUGAAGCAGAUCGAAAAGCGUGACUCUGUUUUAACGCCAAAAAACCAGAUUGAGAGACUGACCCGACCUGGAUCCUCCUAUUUCAACCUGAAUCCAUUUGAAGUACUACAGAUGGAUCCUGAUGUCACAGAUGAAGAAAUAAAGAAGAGGUUCCGGCAGUUAUCCAUAUUGGUACAUCCUGACAAAAAUCAAGAUGAUGCUGAAAGAGCCCAGAAGGCCUUUGAAGCUGUGGACAAAGCAUACAAGUUGCUACUGGACCAGGAGCAAAAGAAGAGGGCCUUGGAUGUGAUACAGGCAGGGAAAGAAUAUGUGGAACAUACUGUGAAAGAAAAAAAGAAGUUGUUAAAGAAGGAAGGAAAGCCAACCAACGUAGAGGAGGAUGAUCCGGAAGUAUUCAAACAGGCUGUGUACAAACAGACAAUGAAGCUCUUUGCUGAACUGGAAAUUAAAAGGAAAGAGAGAGAAGCUAAAGAGAUGCAUGAAAGGAAGCGACAGAGAGAGGAGGAAAUCGAGGCUCAAGAGAAAGCCAAGCGAGAGCGAGAAUGGCAGAAGAACUUUGAGAGAUUGUGUUGUUCCACCAUCUUCAUGUAUAGUUUUGUGAGAGUCGAAUUAAACAAGAUGCUUGAAAUGGUGCCUGGCAUCUUCCCAGGCCUCGUCCUUCUCAGCGAGUCAAACUUUGGAAAGAUCUCUACCAGCCAAGGGUCAUUUGCCAGCCUGACACGGGUGUGGGGUGUGGGGGGGCUUGAGCCUAACUUGGAGUUGUGCAGUUAAACCUUCUGCAGUUCCCCACCAAAGUGCGUGGUGCUGAAAGCCACCCCCGUGUCUGAUUCUUAAACUGCAAUCUCCUGGCUCUCCAGUUCAGAGCUCUGGGAAUCUCAGACUUGCUAGUCACCUUCUGUAAAGAAAAUACUCUGUUCUGUAUGUAAAAUAAAUUUUUACCCAAGUUG